CUCAAAGCUAAUUUCUUGACUAAAAUGUCUGGACCAAUUCCUUAUCGACUUCAGCAAUUGCAUAACCUACUGAGAGGUCUAAAGGAAUUAAGAAAUGACUUUUUAUGAAGCUUUUUAAAAAGUAUAUAAUUUCCUUAUAAUCUUCUAAGAUCUGGGAUACUGUACUUCGUUUGUGAAUUAGUAAACAUCGAAUGUGAUAUUGAAAACAUAAAAAAUACACAGCAAAAAGAUCUAUAAGUACAUGCAUAAUGGCAGCUCCAGGAACAAGUUAUUUGAUGCCAGAACCCUACAGAGUUGUCUUAGUUAUAGGGUAACUUUUGUUGAACAAGAUUAUUUGUUAGUUAAAGAAUCAAUUCUAGAUGAUGUUUUCAACACUUUUAAAUCGUAAAUAUAAGACUUUAAUGGACCAGAAACAAAAAUUCUGGAUGUCUAAACAGAAUAGUGAAU